AAUUUUUAGGAGGAUUUUUUCGACCCCUCUGGAUUCGAUUCCGGGAUCCUCAAAACGAAUUUAUGGGAAACAUUUUGCUGUUCUAAAAAUCACUCAGCUUAAUCAUCAAAACAUAUGGAGAACAUUUUCUAAAAAUAUGAUAAACAAUGUUAUUUUAACUUUUCCAAAAAAAAUUAUUAAUUUUUUUUUCAUAUGUAAUAAGUUGUGUAUUGAAGCAACAAUGAAUCAAGAUAAAAAGACAAGCAUUCUUUUACCACCUGAAUCUGUUAGAGGAAUGAAGCAAUUAAAUCGUGAUGCUUUCAGAAAAACUGUAGACGUUCCUUGUUUAUCUGUUCCAAAAGAGAGUUCUUUAAAAAUUCUUAAAAUAGUGAAACCAUAUAUUUUAAAAUUGUUUAACUUCAAGAGUUUGCAUGAAACAAAUUGUGAAAAUAUAAAGUUUAUAUAUAUUAAUCCUGACUUGAUUAAAUGUUUUAAUGAUUUUAAAGAUAUUGAAAUAACUAAAUUAUUAGAAAAUAAAAUAAAAGAAGAAAAUUUAACUUGGAAGAAACUAGAUAUUGGUUAUGAAAAUUGGAGACCUGAUAUUAUUCUCAAAGCUGUAUUGCCUCCUGAUCUUCGUGUGACAUCUUAUAGUAUAAUUGGUCAUAUUUUACAUUUAAAUCUAAAAGAACCAGUGCUUGAAUACAAAAAUUUAAUUGGAGAAGUCUUUUUGGAUAAACUUCAGAAUGUUAAAACAGUAGUUAACAAAACCAACACUAUAGAUUCUACCUUUAGAUUCUUCACAAUGGAAAUUCUUAGUGGUGAAAAUAAUAUGAAUGUUUGUGUUAAAGAAAAUGGUUGUAUUUAUAAAUUUGAUUUCUCAAAAGUUUAUUGGAAUCCUAGACUUUGUACAGAACAUGAACGAAUUAUUUCAAAAUUGGAAUCUGGAAAUUUCUUGUUUGAUGUUUUUGCUGGUGUUGGUCCAUUUGCAAUACCUGCUGCAAAAAAGAAGUGUGAAGUAUUUGCAAAUGAUCUUAAUGUUCAUAGUUUUGAAUGGCUUAAUAUUAAUGUACUAGCUAAUAAAGUAGAUUCUUGGAUAAAAACAUAUAAUAUGGAUGGAAGAAAUUUUAUUCAUGAAGUAAUUAAACCAAAAGUAAAAGAAAUUUGGAAAAAUAAUAAAUUAUCAAAAAUACAUAUUGUAAUGAAUCUUCCAGCUAGUGCAGCUGAAUUUUUAAAUGAGUUUAUAGGAUUCUAUAGUGAUUUAACAGAUGACGAAUAUGGUGAAAUGCCUUUUAUCCAUUGUUAUUGCUUUAUUAAAGAUGCUGAUAAUUACAAAGAAGCAGCAAAACAAACAAUAGAAUUUUAUUUACAAUAUCAGUUGAAAACUGAUGUAGAAGUGACUUUUGUGAGAAAUGUAUCUCCAAAUAAAGAAAUGAUGAGAGUAUCAUUUAAGUUGCCUAAAGAAGUCACAUUACAAAGUAAAGAUGAUGAGCCAGCACAAAAGAAAAUGUGUUUUUCAGAAAAAUUACAAGAAUAAAUUUUUUGUUUUUAAAUAAAUAAAUUAAUUAAAUUGUAUUGAUUUAUUUGAAAUUAUUCUGUUUAUAUUAAAAAAUAAAUCUAUAGUUUUGUGUAAAGUCACGUGAUUGCUGGAUUAAAUAUAUAGCUAUUGGGCUUAGAGAUAUAUGCAAGUUUAAAUUAAUAAUUCUCUCUCACAUUCUUCUUAAGCAAAUAAAGUAUUCAGAAUAAUAAUUUACCAUAUUUUUUGUAUUUUUGAGAUAAAUAGUUUUCUUUAAAUAAUUUAUACUUCAAACAUUUUUUCUACUAAAGGAUUUAAAUCUUAAUGAACGGAGCAAAAAACUUGAUGUUUUUCAAUGUUACCACACCGUAAAAUGGUUCUAUAUGAGUAAUUUUUUAAGUUGGUGUGGUGAAUAGUUAUUUAAACUUGAUGUUAUUAAUUAUUCUUCUAAUCUGCUUUUAUUAUUAUUUUAAUAUAUUGUUUGCUUAAAAUAUUGAUCUUAAUGAAUCAUAAUUUAAUCACUGAUGUAGUCUUUAAAGGUUAUAAUACUGAAAAUACUUAUGAAUUUGUAAAUGCCAUGAAAGAUACCUUUUAAAACUAUCAUUUUAGAAUGCUUCUUUUAAUAGUUUCAUAUAACAGAUCAGUUUCUAAUCUUUUGAUGAGAAAUGAGGGUUUUUGUUUUCAAGAUUAAAAAUAUUUAGUUUUAAUAAUAAAUUCAAUAUAAAUGCCACAAAUUUUAUUUACUUGUAAUUUAUUAAACCUGAAAUCAAUGAAUUACCAAAAACAUCAAAAUUAAUAGACUGACUAAUAUUAAUAGUUUAAAAAGUGAUUUAUUGUAAACAUUUGCUAGCCAAACAGGUAUUUGAAGCUAAAAUCAGAGGGGGAAAAACAAAGGGACAUCCUAGACAAAAGUGUAUUGAUAGAAUUUAACUUUAGGCUAAAAACUUGUCUGUCAAUAGAAGAGUUUGGAGAAAAGUAGUAGUGGUAUAAAAGUUUUAUUUUUCAUGAUCUGGGUAUCAGCAGGAAUGACUGAUGGUGAUAAUUUGCUUAAUUUUUCUGUAAGGCAUUUUAUGUAAACUACACUUGCACAUUCCAUUUAUAAUACAGAUAUAAUUCAUUUUCUAAAAACAGGUUUAGAUAACACAGAUUAUUAUGUAAAUCUUACAAAUUGAAAUAAAAAGAUUAAUUUAUGACUGUCUCACAUUAAUAAAAUCUUUAAAAAAUUGGAUAUAGCCACAAAUUAUUAAACCAAUACAAUUCUUAUUAUGUUAAUAUUUAAACAAAAUAAUAAUGAAUAAAAGUCGGAAAAAUUUAGAAAUUGAUAAAUUUUACUACUAGUAUGUACAGUUUGAGACUUUUAUUGUGGUGAAUUUUACAUUCUUAAAUUGAAAAAUAAUUCAUAUGAAAAAUAAUUUUCUUAAAAAUGAGAUACAGUACUUAGAUCUUGUAUGAAAUCAAUGUUCAGAAUCAAAAAUUUAAGUUCCAUUUCUGUAUAAAACAUAUUGAAAUGUCGGUUUGUGUAAGUAACAUAAAUACAGUAUAUAAUGUUAAUAUUUUUGAUUAUUUUUUUAAAUAUUACAAACUUUAUGCCUUCAUUUGGUUUAUCAGUUUUUAAGAUGUGUUAAAUAUUUUAUCACUUACUGAAAAACCUUAUUGACAAAUAAAAGUAAUUUCAUACUUUACACAUGUAAAACUACUAUAAUUAUAUCAGUGCAGAUACAUAAGAUAGAUUAAUCUCUUUGUUUAUUGCUAUAAAAGAAAAAUAUUUUUAAAGUAUUAUGUUAUUGAAAAAAAACUGUGUUAAUGUAAUUACAUAAUAAAUGCAAUAAAUAAACUAUGUAAUGUAAAAUUCAACAAUCAUUUCCAAUCUUACAAGAUCUGCAUCAGGUCAACAACAUUCUAAAUUGGAAUGUGCAGAACCAAUUUCAAAACUUUUUUAAAUAAUUGGAACAAAAAAUACAGAUGUAAAAUAUAAAUUAUAUAUGUAAAGAUUUGGUGGCAAUUUUAAGAUGUAUAGAAUCUUUAGAAAUAUACAAGGCUGACCUGACAGGCAGUUGUAUUGACUUUAGGGAUGGAAAAAGCAUCUCAUACGCUUGGCAAUGCUUUCAUGAAAA